AUGUCUCAGAGCCGGUUCCGGCUCAGCGGCCCCUUGGUGGGUGCGGGCAUCGCCGGGUUUCUCGCUGUGUCCUAUAUCGCAUAUUACGUGUACCAGCAACUGCGGAAGCGGCGUAUUAUGCGAUACAUAAAGCGCAUAUACAACAACGACCACGAGCUCUACGAUGAGGCCGAAGAUGAGUACAGCGACGAGGACGACUUCUACGUUGACGAGAGCGCCUUCGACACCCACCGUCUGACCUCGAGAGCCGACCUGGAAAAUACCCACGAUAGCGGCAGGUCGCGCAGUAGGUAUCCUUAUGGCACCCUUCACCGUCGUGCCAAGGGUGCGGAAGAAUUUGAACAGGAUGACAAUAUAGAGAACCUCGGCGGAGGCGCCAAAUCCCGAGUCUCGAGGCCGCACUUCUACGGGUCUUACAAAUCUCGGUCAACGAAGUUCAGCGGCAAGAAGAAUGAUGCAGAGACAGCGGAUGGUGACGAUGACUGGGUUAACGUGGAUGACGAAGGUAGUCUCAGCCCCUCUAGGAAGAGCGACCUGCCCAAGUCAGUUGAUGAAUCCGCCGAUUCCGGCGCAGACUCGGGAUCUGACGAAGAUGUAGAAGGAAAGUCCGAUGGAAUAGAUGCAUCCUGUCUAGUGGAGGCCGUCGGGUCGGGGCCUGCGGCUGGCAGUGCUCUUCCUGGCCGGCAGCGGGUUUACUUCAAGUCCUUCGGCUGCGCUCACAACAUGUCAGAUGCGGAAUACAUGAAGGGCCUACUAAGCGAGUACGGAUACACCAUAUGCGAUACACUCGACAACGCCAACGUAGCUGUGAUCAAUAGCUGCACCGUCAAAGGUCCCAGCCAGGAUGCCAUGACGACGGAGAUAGUUCGUGCUCGGGAGUUAGGGAUACCCGUCGUCGUUGGCGGUUGCGUUUCCCAGGCUGACCGCAGCCUCGGCGUAUUCCAGGACCCUGGUGUAUCUCUUCUUGGAGUCCAACAAAUAGAGGAGAUCGUAGGGGUCGUGGAGCAGGCGCUGCACAAUCGCAAGGUUACGCUGCUGGAUCGCAAAGAGUUGCCUUCGUUAAAUUUGCCCAAGAUUCGCCAGAACAAGCUUAUCGAGAUCAUACCGCUUUCCACGGGCUGUUUGGGUGCUUGCACCUUCUGCAAGACGAAACAGGCGCGAGGAGUUUUGGGCAGUUACAGCUUGGAGGCCAUCCUUGACCGUGUGGAAUCGGUGGUAGCAGAGGGCAUACAACAGAUUUGGCUAACAUCAGAAGACACUGGGGCCUAUGGUAUCGAUAUAGGCACAGAUAUAGUUACUCUUUUGAGAGGCAUCACUGCUCUUUUGCCGCCUAACGUAAUGCUUCGACUGGGCAUGUCCAACCCGCCCUACAUCAAGCGCCACAUCGCCGGCAUCGUCGACAUUUUGAAGCACCCGAACGUGUUCGAGUUUUUGCACUUGCCAGUGCAGUCUGGAAGCGACCGCGUGCUAGACUUGAUGAACCGCGAGUACCAUGUCGAGGAUUUUGAAUACUUGGUCGACUGCGUACGCAAGGAGUUGCCGGAAUGCACCAUCGCCACGGACAUCAUAUGCGGCUUCCCCACUGAAACCGACAAGGAUCACCGCGAGACGCUAGAUUUGAUAGACCGUUUAAAGCUGCCCGUGGUUAACAUUUCUCAGUUUUACCCCAGACCCGGCACUCCCGCCGCGAAGAUGAAGCCUCACGGGAACAAGGUGAAGAAAUCGCGCACACGUGAGGUGACGCAGUUGUUCAUGUCCUACGAACGCAACAGUGUCUACGUCGGCCGCACCCUUCCGGUCUGGUUUUCCGACGUAGACACCCCGCGAGGCCACACCGUGGGUCACACGAAGACCUACGUAAAAGUUAUAGUGCCGCUUGACCCCAACCUGGUCGGCCGCAAGGCCAUGGUCAGCAUUGAGGAAAGCAGCAAGUGGCACCUUAAGGGUACUGUGUGUUCGUUGGACGCAUGA